UAUUGUAAUUACAUUUGCCAUUUAGGUUUAACAAAUGCUGAACGAAAAUUGUUGGAAGAAGCUUUUCUAAGUGGUACUAUUAAAUGUAUUUGUUGUACGUCAACUUUAGCUGCUGGUGUUAAUUUACCAGCUCAAAGAGUUAUAAUAACAUCACCCUAUGUUGGAAGAGAGUUUAUGAAACAGAGUACUUAUAGACAGAUGGUUGGACGAGCUGGUAGAGCUGGUUUAACAAAACAUGGAGAUAGUGUAUUGUUGUGUCAAGAAAAUGAGAAAAUCAAGGUAAUAAAUAACUUAUUAAAAAAAAUU